AUGGGUAAUGUGUAUAUUUACCAAAGUGGGUUACAUAUCCCAUUCACCCUUCACCACCACGACUUUACAACACUCCUUACGAGUUUGACUCUUGGUGAAGCUUCGUCUGAAAUUGUAAGCAACAGCACUGCUAAGUUCAAUGCGCAAGACUCAGCAUGGAAAGGCGUGCUUGCUGCAGACACCACAGUACAUCUUAGUCGGUAUGGAAAUAAGGAACCAUAUAUCGAAGCUGACAAGGUAAAUCUUGAAGGUCCGAGUCUCAAAAUAGAUAAUGAUGGUUUAUUGAAGUCACAAUGUGAAAAUCGGCUAAGUCAGAUGUCGUGGGUGACAGGCCCACGUGCGGGUCUUUGA